AUGCAGAUAAUACCAGCCUUGAAAGAAAGUGAAUUGUGUGAUUAUGACGCUAUCAACCCAGCAAUAACAGACUCAUAUGAACAAGAACCAAUUGGUACCAUUAUUUACAGUAUUCCUGUUGAGGGAGAGGUAGGUACUGAGAUUGAGCUCAGUCUAUCAGUGGAAGAUGGUCAUGAUGACAAAUUUGACCUGGAUAUUCAAAAUAUUACUUGGGCAGUGGUAUAUGACAUGGAAGCAGAAAACACGUUGACGGUAAUUGUAGGCAUUGCUGAUGUUAACGAAUUUCCGCCUGUAUUAGAAGACUCUCCUUAUAAAGUUAACAUAAGUGAGUUCACACAAUUGGGCACUACUGUACUUAUAUUUGGUGCAACAGAUGAAGAUUGCGGUAUUGUGCACUUAUAUUAUGAAAUAAAUAAGGGACCAGGAUACAACCUUUUUGAUAUUCCAAGUGUAGGUACCCCAGAAGUAAUUCUUGUUGAAGAAGUAGAUUACGAAGAAAACACAUGGUUUAAUAUAACUUUGCUUGCUAGAGACAGCGAUGACGAUGACGCAUUAACCGGCACCGGGGAAAUGCACGUCUCUGUCAUAGAUGGUGACGAUAUGAGGCCAAUAUUUGGUGACAUAACCUACAAUACCAUGGUUACAGAAAAUGAUGCAAACGUAUUAUUGCUACCGGAAUUCCCAGUAAAUGCAUACGACCAGGAUUUCGGAAUUGAUGAAGACCUAAAUUAUAGUUUUGCUGAUCCUGAACGUACUGAUGACGCCAUAUACGAAACAGAAUAUUUUCGUAUUAAUGACAUGACGGGAGAGGUUACCCUUAUUAAGGAACUUGACAGAGAAGCGUUGCCUGGUGGCACUAUAACAGAAGUACUGAGAGCUGCACAAGUAAAUUCCAUGGGUUAUCACGUCUAUACAUAUCGAGAUGGUUAUGCCACAUUGGUAGUAACAGUACUGGAUGUUAAUGAUAAUAUUCCUAAUAUGAGUAAACCUCUAUAUUAUGGCGAGGUUGCUGAACAUUCACUGCAGGAUACUAUUGUGUGUGAAGUUAGCGCUACAGAUAUAGACGAAGGAGAGAACGCCAUAUUUAAUUUUGUCUUACAAUCUGACUUUGUAAACCAUAACAUGUUUUAUAUUGGAGAUCCCAUAUCUAUUACACCAAAUACCGCAGUUGCUUUCAUUCGUGUCAAUGAUUCAACGUCUUUGGACGCUGAAUAUAUCGCAAAACCAAUUAAUUUUACGGUGUAUGCAAUUGAAACACAGACGAGCGAACUAUUUCGAAGUGAACCAUCAACUGUGUCGAUCACUGUCAGCGAUAUCAACGACAACAUACCACUGUUCGUCGGGGAACCAUACAUUGCAAGUGUUAAUGGAGAUAUAACAGAAGAGACAUAUCUGAUCACGGUAUAUAUGUCCGACCUUUCUAAAGUUUAUGUCAAUAUUACCGAUAUUAUCCAUGCUACCAACUAUACCAAUAAUGCCAGUGAAAUACCCGUAUUUCUCAACGACCCAUACAACGCGAUAACCAGUGAAGGUUCUGAUGCUGGAGCAUCCAUAUACAGAGCAAUGGCUGUUGAUGUAGAUGGAGAUGAUCUUACCUUUACGUUUGGUAAUGGGUUUGUUGUGACAAAUGAUGGAAUCUUUCGAAUUUCGCCAAACACUGGGGAGAUAUUUUUAAAUAGAAAACUGGACCGAGAGAAUGUCGAAAAACAUAGUUUGAUGUUACUAGUACAUGACGGGAAUCCGGACAGCAAUGAUACAACUGUUCUAUCAGUCGUUGUUACUGACAUUAAUGAUAAUGAUCCUGUAGUAACUGCGUUGGAGUAUAAUGUAAUGGUUCCGGAGGAGGAGGCAGGUUUUGUGGUUACUUAUGUCAGGGCGACAGACGUAGACUAUGGAAUUAAUGCAGACUGUACAUUUACAGUAGUUGACAGACUAGUAAAUGAUUUUGCAGUUCAUAACAUAACUGGAAAAGUGACAACACGGAGAGGUCUUGACAGGGAACAUAAAGAAACAUAUGAAGUAUAUAUUGUGGCAACUGAUCACGGUCGAAGUCCUCGUUCUGGGGAAACAUAUGUGACAGUUACCCUCACUGAUGUCAAUGACAAUCCACCAGAGUUUGAAUUAAAUACUUAUCGAGCCACGGUGGUUGAAUACAUGCCAGAAAUAUUCAUCCUUUCAGUGAAGGCAAAUGACAUGGAUGCAAUGGAUAAUGCUGCCGUGCGUUACGCAAUAAUUCCCGAUAGUCAUACCGACUAUAAUUUGUUCACUGUGGAUGCAAUGACUGGCAAUGUAUAUUUUUCAUCAUAUGAGUCUACUGAGAAUGUGGGUGAAAAUCUGGUGGUAAUGAUAGAAGCUUAUAAUGAAGUACAAUACACAUCAGAUGACAUUCUCAAUGGAACAACAACUGUCAAUGUCACAAUACUGUGUCCUACCAUAGGAAGUAGUGAAUCAGACUGGUUGAUGUGGGUAGUUCCACCUACUGUUGCUGUAAUUGUUAUCUUGACAAUAGCAGCAUCGCUAGUAAUUGUAAUCCGUAAAAGAAAACAUGAACAUGUGCGAACAGAAGCUAGUAAAGAACUACAGACUUUUGAACCUCAGGAUUACGAAGAAAUUGUUGAACAUGUGUAUGCAAAUUUUGACUCCAUUGAUACCACAAAAGCGAGGCUGCUCGAUACUUUAGAUGAAGAUCUUCGAUUUGAAGUUGAGGAAGUUCUUGUCUACCCAUCCAUUGAUGGUGUCGUUUUAGAUAUUAUACAUGUCAUUGGACAAGGUUCUUCUAUAAAAAUAGAACAGUCCAAGUCAUACUGUUAUAAUCGUGGUGAUUCAAAUCACUCUCCAGUCAGUUGUCCUAAGCUUUAUAAAAGUUUAAAGCCUCAGGUUAUGUCAGCUGCUAUGUUGGCAUGUGAUCAGAAUAGAAAUAAUAAUUCACAGGAAGUCAGUGCUACUUGUGUAGUUCAUGAAGUCACAGAUGCAA